AUGUUGAACCGAGCUGUUAAUGAAGCCAAAAAAGCUAUAGCUGAGGAGAAAAACAACUCUUUUGAAGGAACAGUUGAGGGAAGCCACUCAGAAAAGUACCCUAAAGAGAAACAUCCUGACCUAGAUUUCGAUUCUUUCAAGCCACUGGCCUUCUCUGAUAGUGAGGAAGAGGAGGCUAAGGAUGUCAUUGAGAAGGAAGUCGAGAACGAUCCUGAUGAGCAGAUGGAGCACCAAGUUAAGCAAACUAGGGAGGAG